GAAUGAUGACGCAGUAGCUGCUGAAACUUGUUUGGCAGGAUUUCUUAGGGAAGGGCAAGAAAGCAGAGACAUGGAGAGAGUUGAACUGAAACGUUUUCAUCUCCUUCACUGAACUUUACAGCUGUAUAUUAAUCUUUGCCGGUUGGUGUUUAAGUUCUUGGAUUCGAUUUUUGACCAGGGUUCAUCCAUAGGGUAAAGCUGUGUCCCUUUACUGGGCCAGUUGAACAGCAAGGAUGAACUGGUCCGGACUGGAGAGUCUGUUGAGUGGAGUCAAUAAAUACUCCACUGCAUUUGGAAGGAUUUGGCUGUCCAUGGUGUUUGUGUUCCGUGUCAUGGUUUUUGUGGUAGCAGCACAGAGAGUUUGGGGUGAUGAGAGCAAAGACUUCGUCUGCAAUACUCGCCAGCCUGGUUGUACUAAUAUCUGCUAUGACCACAUCUUCCCCAUCUCCCACAUUCGUCUGUGGGCACUGCAGCUGAUUUUUGUCACCUGCCCAUCUCUGAUGGUGAUGGCUCAUGUUAAACUUCGUGAGGGAAAGGACAAGAAAUAUGUGGAACUGCACCAUGGCUCUCACCUGUACGCUAACCCUGGCAAGAAGAGAGGGGGGCUGUGGUGGACCUAUUUGCUGAGUUUGGUCUUCAAAGCUGGAUUUGACACAGCAUUUCUCUACAUUCUGUAUCGAAUAUACCAUGGAUAUGACUUGCCCAGGUUAUCCAAGUGUUCACUUGAGCCAUGCCCCAACACCGUUGAUUGCUUCAUAAGUCGUCCAACAGAGAAAAAGAUCUUCAUGGUGUUCAUGGUUGUAUCCAGUGCAUUGUGCAUCUUCAUGUGUAUCUGUGAGAUGGUAUAUCUCAUAGGCAAGCGCCUCGCCAAAUUGCUGAGGGUGCGCCAGGAAAAUGAAAGGCUCCUGUUUGCUGAGCAACAUGAGCUUACCAACAUGGCCCCACCCAGGUCCCAAUAUCGCAAGACUGAUCCAACGCUGGCAGAAAGCCAGAUGAGUUUAAACAGGAGGGAAAAGGCCAGAGAAGCUGGUGUAACUACAACACUGUAGGACUCAGGUGUCAAUGGGUUUAUUUGUAAUCAGUAGCCACACCACAGGACCACAUGCUACUGAACAAAGUCAUUGAAACAAAAGACUAUACAUUACAGGGUUCUUCCUGUGAAACAUGAUCCUGUGAUCCAGCUGAACAUUAAACAUUAAUGAAGCUCUGUUGUGGGGAUACUGGCUGGCUGUAUAUUUUAACGGACACUUUUAAGAAGUAUUACUAUACUUAAUUAUUUCGCCUUUCUUUGUCAUUUAGAUCUGAUCAAUGUAGGCCUGUCUAUUGAGAAACAUCCAGGAUUUGAGAUUUACUGUUUUGAGUAACUUGCAUUUUUUUUGUUUAUAAUGUGUCAACAUCAAUAUUUCUUUUUAAUUAUUGUAUUGUACAGUACUGCUUUUCAUUUUCUUCUACUGAAGAAAAACUGUUGCCGGGAAUUUGUUUCUCCAGCCCUUUAUGAAGAGUAAAGUUUUACAAUUAGGAUGAAUCCUUUCCACCAUGGAGGAUGGCAUCAACCUUGAUUAAUAUAUUUCUGUCACAGUUCUGUUCCCCAGCUCACCUGCCCCACCUCAGUAAUUUCUAUUCAUCCUGCCUGUGCUCCCUGCCCACCACAUUAGUCAACUGCCUCAGCCUGAUAAGGUUCUUUCCAUGGGAACUGUGGACCUUUUGAGGAACUAUGCACAUUUCGACAGCAGGAACCAGGGUCUAAAUUUAGUUCUGGGGUAGUUAAUCUCCCCUUGUAAAGCCUCUGCUUCGGGGGUAAUACUUUCCAAAAGUCCACUUUGGGGGGUUUGGCCUGGAAUGCUGAACAUUUAUGAUUGAUAGAAUAACUGCAGUGUUUCUAUUUCAUCAGACAUCGACAGUACCAUUACACACAACUCUGAUUCACUUGGGUUUCAUUUUGUAUUACAAUCAUCUUCUCUGAGCCUACCGCGAAUGUUAGCUCCCGAUGUUACGGUAUUAGGAGUGACUCAUUAAAUUUGUGACUUACAGUUAAAUGUGUUAGGGAUUGUUGAGUUUUCAACAGCUGUUGAAACACGGAAGGAGACAUGCUGGCAUUGUCCUGAGUGACACUACAUUUAGCCUGUUAGCAUGGGGGAGAUUCAACUUCUGCUGUUUUUGAUAGUGCUUUAUUGCAUUGCAAAUGGAUUCACUGUAUCAACACUUGAAACGAAACAAGCGCAAGGAGCAAAGCCAUUGCAAUACCGCUUUAAAAUUGACUUAAGUCAAGCGUUCCACUUGACUUGCAAUUUUAAAAGCCAUGGCAGAAAUCAACCAGUGUUUUGGUUAAAUUAGUGACCCUGUAAAGUGGUGACUUCAGACAGAUGCACCCCUCACAAAUGUCUUUAUAUUAACAUUGAAUACUUAUCUGAUGGGGAUAUUCUGACAUUUUAAUAAAUCCUAAACUAUGGUG